AUGCCUUCCUCCUCCUCCACGUCCGAUGCUGCCUCCAACAUCUUCUCGAGCGGGCGUGGACUCGCCAUCAACAACACCGGCAGCAACGCGGCGAAUCUCGCGCUGCUCUACAACUUCGCCAACGUCAACACCAUCAAGCUCUCGCCGGAGAACUAUCUCCUCUGGCGCGCGCAGGUUCUCCCUAUGCUCAAAAGCCAUCUGCUGCUCGGCUACGUCAACGACCUCCUUCCUUGCCCGGAUCAGCUCAUCACCAACCCAAGGGCAGGGGAUGCCGGCGCUCCAGCCGAGUCCCGAACCCUGCGUGUCGUCGGGAUGCUGAUGACUACCAUCACGUCCAGGGAGGCGUUGACCACCCUGGAGAACAGCUUCGCGGCACAGUCGACGGCGCGCUCCAUGCAGCUCCGGUUCCAGCUGUCGCGGAUCAAGAAACUGGAUGCACCGAUGGCCAGCUACUUCAACAGGGUUAAAACCCUCGCCGACAUCCUAGCAGGUAUCGGUAAGCCUUUGGAGGAUGAGGAGCUUGUCUCUUAUCUCCUUGCAGGACUGGACAGCGACUACGACGCCCUGGUCGAGGUGGUAACGGCGCGGACGACGCCGAUGCCGCUGCGGGAUCUCUAUGCCCAGCUGCUCACCACCGAGUUCCGCAUCGAGUCACGCAAGACGGAGCUCAGCGGCAACAUCAACUAG